AACUCCUCCGGCAAAGCACUAGCAAAGUUCGGAGGAGAAAGCGUCCAAUUUGACCGGGACUCAUUUUGACCAGCUCCAUCUGCCGUUCACUGCUUGGAUGAUGUUUAUAAUAACAGAACUGUGCUGUAAACAUGUAAAUUGUUUGGACAAAACUUUAGACGCCAACGUGGUGGCGGUUGAAAAUCUCACCGACUCAUUGACAAAAAUGAUGGAUGUCCGGAAUCUUAGUUCUGAUGUUUUCGGCAAUGGGAAUCAGGCGAAUAUUUUAAUACAAGAUUUAAGUCAUGAGAACGUUCCUCUUUCAAGAGACGUUGACAAACGCUUUCUGCAUCAUACUUUAUCACUGACUACAAACAUUGACGACCGUGAUAGGAUGUGAUUUGCAUUUGAAUGGAGAAGCGCCGACGAAUGGUCAAAUGGUUUUUGCCUUAUUUUACUUUUCUUCCCACAAUCGCCGGACCAAAGCUUUUAAAAUUUAAAUAGAUCAGUGAGGAUUUGCCAUUAUGCGCCUGCAGCUCAUUGGCUCUUGUAGCUUAUUAUGUAUUCGUAAAGCAUAUUUAUUCCGGAACUAAAAGCGGAUACGGGCUGUUUGAACUCCAUAAUGAACGCUUGAAUCAGGUGGAAAUCCUUUCCUGCACUUGUCAUUUCUGACAUCAACGCAGCAUUUAUUCGCUAACCUCCUGUAAACUACGUCCUAAAAAUCAAAUUUUAGUGUUUUCACUGUUGGGUUUUCACCGUAGCUGGUAAUCUCGACUGCUGUUGCUAUAUGAACAUGUCCAUUGAGCGUAUGAAUUUUGUGUACUUACGUUUCAUUACUUUCUGGUUAUGAUGGGACGCACAAGUCUUCCAGUUCACGAACAGGGUGAAAAUGGCUGCCAUGUUGAUGUCGUUGUUCGUCGAUCAGACCGAACUUCCCACUAUACGAGGUAAGCAAGUGUUGUUUGGGUUUGUAAAAAGUUUGAACUCUCUGUUUUUAUUGAGAAAUCGCGCUAUUUUUUAAACUCAAAUUGUUCAGAAUGUGGGUUUAAUGGAGUGAGCUGAGUGAAUGUCAGUUAAUAAUUCUGACCAUAAUAAACGUAAGAUCAGAUUCAGGGCGCUUGUGAGAAACAAAAUGCUGUGCUGAAAAAUAAUGUAAGUUUCUUCGAAACUUUUGAGCGAAAAGACAAAUUCGAAAUGGCGACAUUAAUGUUUAAUUUUACACACCGGUUUCACGUUGUCGUUAUGCGUUCGUGGAAAAAUCGAAUUAAAAGAUUGUGCAUCAAAUAGGAUCGUCAUUUUCCCUUUGAAAGGCGUGAAAAUAAUGUUCUUUUGUUACUGGAACCUCGUUUAUUCUUGGUUUCGACGUAGAGCGGCUGGAUAUUUCUCUAAAAAAUAUAUAAAAGUAUUCCCUAUCAAUGCCGAAUUUUUAUUGUAAGGGCGAUUGAGAGUUUUCACGUUGAACUUCAUCUUUAUCAACCUUUUCGCGAUUGUUGCUUUAAUUAUCUGCUUUAUACCAUUCAUUGGGCUAAAGCCAAGCGUGGUAUUUUUCUUGAAACAGUUUUUGUUUUUCAAUGUCUAAAAACAGCACUAUCGGGGAAAAUAAUCGGGUUCUGACAAAAAUUGUGUUGGAGCAGUUUUACGACCCAUAGGGCACAGACAAAUGUCAACAAUGAAUUAUUUAUUUUACCUUGUACUGUAUCGUGUGUGAGUGUGUUUUUGCCUUAAUACAGUUACAUGAAGGUUGGCGGUGUAUAUUUUGGCCGCUUUCGUAAAGCCAUUUUUGGAGCCUUUUUCCAUUAAAUGAAAUUUCUUACACUAUUCUAUUGAUAAGACUGAACUGAGAUCGUUUCAUUUGAACAACGCGUGUUCUUUUUACCUCGCUUAGGUUUACACAGUUUUACCGAUGCGCGGGUGUUUUGAUUCUUUUACAUGCAGAAACCACACUGAACAUGGUUAAUAAGCUUUUAUUUUUCUCCCACUAUCAGUAAGAAACCAUCGCGCGAUUUCUGUGCUUUGGAACUUUUGUCGCCAUUCCGAGCAGGUGUAUAGGAGAGACCACAAGGACAAUUUUUUCUCAUGCAGCUGCAGAUAUAUCUGGCAGAUUUAAGAUCGGUGUCGCGGAGAAAAAUAAAUACAUUAAGCUUAUUUUAUUUUUCGUUCACUGAUGACAAGUAUUCUUUCAUUGCUUAUGUAAAGUAGUACGAAAGACUAGUAAAUGGAAACAAAAAUAUAACAACUCUUGCUAACAUUGGCAUGUUCUUUUUUUAUCAUAAUAAUCUUUUAGCUCGGUAUUUUUUUCAUUUUGACAAGAGAAGUGGCAAUAAUCGCUAGUUUUUCAGGGUAUUGUCAGAAGCUUUUAUGUGUACAGCCAGUGGCGACCAGUGUAGUAUUUUUCUCACUACAUUGCCAACACAACAAUACAAACGAGAAUUUCAUUUAUUGUUAUGUGCUCAUUUUAAAAGUGAUGAAUCACGGAGGUGUCUUGUCAGUGAAUAACAAAGACAUUUCCUUAAUUUAUUUCAGAUGGUGUAGUAGUUAGCCAAAUCAAACUUUUAAUAAUAGGUGUAUCUCAAUUUUUAUUACGUAUUUGAUUUAAAGCAUAUUUUUAAUAUUUUCUCUUUAGUUGGGAAUUACAGAUUCCAAAUUGCUAGCAAGAAGUAUAUAAUUUAAAGUUAAACCUAAUUCCCGGAACGCCUUGUGGACUAUUUUGUAUGCCAUUAGUUUUGCUUUGAAAAUAAUAUGCUUUUGUAAAAUAAUUCUAAUGCUGUAAUUUUUCCACAGAUACCUUCAGUUAAUUCCCACAACUAAAAUAAGGAAAGAUCAAGUGACUAUAAGUCCCCAUCCGCACAUUACCCAUGUUCAUGAUUUUGAAAACCAAAUUUUUUUCUCUGACAAUUAACCUCUUGUCCAUGCUUAUCCAAAAAUGUUCGCCAUUUUUUGAAAGGCAAUUUUACAAAACCUCUAUUCAUAGUCUAUUUGUAAAAUCUGUUCAAUGCCAUAUUUUAUUACGGCAGGUCUCUUAGCGGACACUCGUAAGCGGACAGCUGUACUUACAGCCAUUUCAACUCUAUUUCAAACUCUGUAUUUUAACAUUCCUGUGAGCGGACAUUCCCAUAGGGGCUGCAGACACUUUCAGGAUUUACAAUUUAGAUGUUGGCUUUGUUUUUAAUUAGCUCUUAUAAGUGGACACCUGAAAUGAAAUCUUAUUCACCUCUGAAUCUUUUUUUUUUUUUUCAUAUCGCUGUUUGUCACAAUGAAUUUAUACAUAUAUAUACUUUAUUUUUACACUCAUCAUUUUGCCAUUUAUAUCAGUUUCAGAGUUUGUUUUUUUCAAAUACUCAUCCUCAGGUUUACUUCAAAACAUCAGUUGACUUUUAUUUUUUUUGCCUGAAUUACAGUGUCGUCAGAAAAACAGUAUAGCCAAACACUAACAAACAGUUUUUUGCUUUCCCAAUAUUUGUUUGUAACCUGGCAAGCUCCGGUAAGCAGCCAUCUAAUCCUUACAUUUCAAGUGGCCACAUACCGGAACCAUUCUUGUAUGCGGAAGUUACCAACUCCUUUUUCUCGUCCUGAGGGUGUCUGCUUAUGAAAGCUUCCACUGUACUCCAUUACGCCCCUGAAAAAUUUGCCAAAAAUGUGUUUUGAAGCUAGUCAAGCGGUUGUCUAGACACUGUUGUGCUAUAAGACCUAAAACUUACCAUAAAGCUAUUUACAGGUCAUACACUUUGCAGCCUUCUGAUCCAGAUGCAAAAUAUUAGCUUGUGAAGUUCAGGCAUGCGCAGAAAGUAAAAGUGCGAGAUAGUUUUUGGGUUUAAAAGUGACUCAGCAGUCUUGACUUUUACUUUUCCCUUUCUCUCAGAAAAAGCUAAAUGUUACUAAAUGAGAGGGAAGGUAGGCAGGUAGUGGAAGAAGAUUUUCAUGGAAAUUUUCAGGUCAAUGUUACAUGGUUUUUUGCCUUUUUCUCCAGUGUCUUUGACUGAAUUGUGCUCAUUCUGAUUUGGUUUGAAAGAUCUCUUAACUCUGCACAAGUUAGCAGACAAAGUUGUCCUUGACCAUUAAAACUGAUGACGUCACAAUAAGUAGAAGGGAUGUGGAUCUGCACAGGUGGUUAAGGGCGGUUCAGGGGCAAAUGGGUUAGGUUGAAACAGCAUGACAGAUAAAAAGGACUGUAAGGCCAGAGGAAAAUUUUUUCUUUUAGCCACGUGUGAAAAAAAAUAAAACUUGCUCGUUGACCUUUUGGUACUGCCAAAGAUGCCGCCCAUUUGUUUUUUAACAAUGGGUCAGAUAUAAGUAAGACACAUCAUAUAACUAACAUUUUCAGAUUUUGUUGGUUAUUGCCUUUUAUUUUCAACUUUGUGAAAUUAUAAUAAAAAUAUUGCCUACUAACUUGAUCAAAAUAAAUAGGGAAAUCAUAUUAAUAGGUUCAGAUGGUGAUCAUCAACUACAGUAAUUCUUAGGGAGGAACUAUUGUACAUUUAUUAAUGCAUUUUAAUUGACUGUGUCUGAAGAAAAAUAAACCUUGCUGUAUUGUAUGGAACUGUUAGCAAAGUUUGUACAGUUCUCUUAAUAACAAAUUAUUAUUGACCACUCCAGAAAUACACACCACACCAUAAUGCUCUUUGUUUGUCACCCCAAAAUUUUGCAUUAGCAUUGUCUUCAGUUUCUCUUGGGAGUUAAAAUGGCCCCAAGAGAAACUGAAAAUAAAUAAUUGUACUAGUACAAACACAAUUUGUACCAUGAGCAAAAUUGAACUACAACAGAUAUAACCUCAGCUGUUUGACCCUUGAUUGAAAGAACGAGGUGGUCAAGAUUUUGCUGUCUGGACAUCUUUCCUCAUAAGCAUAAUUUGUGACAAUUCAAGAUGGCAGACUUGUAAAGUGAGAGCAUGUGGUUUUAGCCAACAAAAAACAGUCAAUCUUUGAUUUACAAGGGAUUUUGCCAUCUAAAAUGUAAUGUGGAUUUUAUUUGGGCUGUUGUCUAUUCACAACUGAAAUUGACUUUUUAAUAGAAGCUACAGUCCUGCGCCUUGGGGGCCCUUAAGGAAUUUUGAAGUGUGCCAUUUCGUUAAAAAGUGCUUGAAUCCUGCAUUGUCACAGUCUGGUGAGAACACCGAUUAAUUCAAAAACUUAAAUAAGUCAAGGGAUAAAAUUCAGCCAAGUGGCUGAGAUAUUCACACCCAUGUAAUUCUUUCCAACAGUUACUUAGAAGUAAUUAUCAGCGGUAACAAUGUAGAGAGUCCAGUUUUGCUCAAAGUGUGGACCUGGGAUUUCACUUUCAAAUGUAACCUUGUAUUUGCAGGUUACACUAUAAUAAUAAUUAUUAUUAUUUGCAGCCACUAAAUUACUUCUACUUUUAAAAUUUCCUAUAGGUGUUCUAUAGUACGUUGUCAAGCUCUACUAGACUACUGAUGACCACUGAAAUGAAUAAUUCAGGUAAGUGAUGAAUAAUUCGGUUAUACAAUGUAUGAUUGUCUAAAUGUUCUAAAUAAUAAAAGUCCACAGUAUUUAUCAGGUGUUGUCACAAUAGUUUGCACAUUUGAAUAAGGAAAAGUACAUGUAUAUUUUGUUUCAUAGUUCCUCCUAAUGGGAGUAUAAUAAUAAUAAUAAUAAAAUUGUCAAUUAUCCGUGAUUCUUUUCUCUGAUCCCAUAUUACAGUUGCAUGGGCUUAGUGGUACAAAAAAUCUUUUUGCAAAAAUUCAUAGCCGAGCUAAGAAAAAGCUAAAUGUUACUAAAUGAAUGUUAGCUUUAAAAUACUCCAUAUUACUGUUUAUUACUAUGGUUGAUUCAAUUUUUAUUACCCUGAAUAAAUGGGAUUGUAUUCUACUUAGUAACUGAAAUGCUUUCUCUGUUAGAAACAACUUGCAGUUUUAUUGUCACUGGUUUUGUUUCUUAUCUUUCUGUUGUUAUUAUCAUCAUUGGACCAUUUUUUUCUUUUAACUGGUCUUGUAGCCUGGAUAUACAGCUGUCUCUCAAUAGCUGGAAUUUUUGGUGUCAAAUGGCAAGGAGCAAGAAGAGAUGGCUGUAUUUUACAGGCUACUGGUCUUAUGAAUUCAGCCAGCUUUUUGCUGUGAAAUGUUUACUUACUAUUUAUUUCUUUUCCUUUUCUUCUUUUUCCUUUGUUUUGUUAGUGGUCUUGGCAGCUGGCUUAGCAACAGGAAUUCCAGUUGUGGUUCUGGUAUCAAUAUACAUGGUCUACUGCUGCUGUCGAAGGAAGCAGGAGGAUCGUUCACAAGAACCCCGUCUUUGGAGGAGAGAUAGACACUCCUCUCAUGACCCAUAUAUUCCACCUUUUGUACCAAGAAUUGUACAGAAAUUUGUGCAGCAUUCUCAUCAUGGAAAACGCAAUAGUAGUAGUGCAACUUCUGCACAGACUUCACCUUUAGAAGAGAAAUCUUUUUUCAGUGAAGAUUCUGGCUCCUAUCGGACAGCCCCCGAUGAUGGAGGACUAUCAGAAAAGCGGCAUAGUUUAGGUAGCUUUGAGGCUCUUAAUGUUCCAACAGUUAGACGAUCAUCUCUUCUUCAGCUUAGUACCUCAAGUGGGGAGAGUUCGGAAAGUAUAUAUGAACAAAGAAAAGGUUCUGAUGUCAAAUCUCCAAAGAAUUUCCCCAAAAGUAGCAGCAAGUCAUUUGAGUUUGUGAGACCCAUUCCUGUUAAACCUCUUAUAACCAUUACACGAGUAGAGUCUAGAGACGACAUGAGUAGUAAAACAGCUGUGUCUGAUGUGGAACCCAGUGGACAAAGUCAUUCUGAUUCGCAGGUUCUUCCAGUUCGGAAGGCACCUAAACCUUCUCGUAGUUUAGAUAAUGUUUCAGUACCAGGGAGAUCAAGUCAAGAGAGAAAAGGUAGCACUGACAGAAGUUUAGCACCAAGAAGGAAAGGAAGCACAGGUGUUUCCAGUGAAGAAAAAAGUAGACAAGCAAGUCUUGGCAAGAUUUCUGUAAAUAUUCCUUCCCAAGUGAUUCACAAAGAGACAAAGCGAAGAAGUUGUCAAAGUGGAUUAGGCAGACUUAAUGUGUCUCUGCAGUAUAAACAAACUACAUGUGACUUAUUUGUAAAGGUAACUAUUCGCUUUGAAUAAACUGGAUUUUUUAAACAAAAAGCUAGAUGAGUUGUGUAAAGUUUUGAAUUCACACGGAAAAAAGGGAAAUUCAAACUUUUUCAAUAAGUUAACCAAUCUUUCAGGGAAAAUCUUGGUGUUACUUCCCUGGUUCUUUUUUGGGGCUCUCUUUUUAUGUGUGAUGCAUCUACCUGGAACAGCAGAAAGGAAAAUGCCCAACUCUGCCCCUUAUUUAGUACCCUUGCAUGCUUUUCUAAAUAGUUUCCUGACCUUUUUGGUUCUAAAAUGGCUCAUUUUGUUCAAAUUUUGUUGACCUAGAAAGCUUAACUGGGGGUUAGUUAGAGGACCGGACGCUACUGUGGCACAUAAAUGAGCUUGAAUUUUUGGCUGGUCUGUCUUUGAGGUCUUAUUAAAAAGCAUGCUUUUUCCUCCAAUGCCUGUACUUCUUGAAGUUAUUAGUUGAGAUUUGAGGCAACUAUUAUCAUUUUUUUAGUUUUUUUUAAUGCCAGGAUGUUAAUAGCAUCUUGAUGCAUUAAGGCAGGUUGUAAUUAUUUCUUUCUUUUUGUCCCUAGAUUCUGCAGGCUCGUGAAUUGCCUCCAAAAGACUUACGCAACAACACUUCUUGUCCUUACAUUCGAGUAUACGCCCUCCCAACACGUAGACACAACCACAGGACAACAGUAAUAGAAAAGAACUUGAAUCCCAUAUGGAAUGAACUGUUUAUCAUCAGUGGCCUUACACUGUCUGAAGUGCGACAACUUGCAUUACACUUCUUGGUUAUACAUCACCAGCCUGUGUCCCGCAAUGUUGUUAUAGGGGAAGUGAUGCUGACAUUGGGUGGAAUGGACUUGACAGGAGAUGAGGUCAAUGUCUGGAGAGAACUUCGACCACAUCAGUUCCAAAAUGUAAGAGAGACUUUCUUUUUAAUGCCCUUUUUAAUGUGUUAAAAUAUGUAACUGUAUGGCUUGACAAACAUGAUUACAACUUAUUUUUGACUCUAAAAUGGAUUAUCCGGUUACUGAUGAACAGGGCCCAAAUUUAAUUUUUACUUUCAGGCAUCAUCUGGCAACCAGAGAAAAAAAUUUCAGUUUGCCAAAUCGAACAUUAAUUUUUGUUAGUCAACUUGUACAUCAAGUUAUUGUUUAGUAAUUAAUGCUAAAAGAUUAACGUACCACGUUUCUUCAUUUUCCUCAAGAACUCUUUAAAUACAUCAAGUGAAAGAAUCCUCUCCCCUUAGACUCAAGACUGCCCAUAACAACUCUACCUGGUGGCUGAGGGGCAACUACUAUGAAAUCUACUGAUUGGUUCCCUCUUUUAUCGACAGUGUGAACUUUGUGUAUUUAGAUUUUGUUUUCAGUUGAAUCCUGUCUUUCUGUUAUGUUCUGAGAUCAAAGACGUUUAGAAUGACUUUUGUGAGAUCCUCAAAGCAUUCACUUUUCGAUUUUGCAGAUCCUUGGAGAGCUACAUAUAUCAGUAUGCCAUCAGCCUCUGUCCAGUAAACUGUCUGUGACUGUGUUAGAAGCACGGAACUUGCCAAAGAUUAGCAGUCUUAAUAUAGGAGGUACACUGGUCUUUUUCUUUAAAUUAUGACGGGGGAUUCUUAAUCUGGUUGAGGGUACAGGGAUAGAGGGAUGGGUGGUUGAUAGGUACAUGUCUGGGAGAAAAGUAGCUGUUAAUGUGUUAUACAAUGUACCCAGAUCAUGCGUUUGACCUCCUCAGAUGAGAGAAGUUUAAACAGUUUGGUACGUCAUCUUGAUUUAUUAUUGUAAGCUUGAAUACUGAAAACAGAUCUGAUACUCCAAACAGUUUCUCCAAGUCACUUCUCAUAAACGUGACACCCAUCCUCGGAUUUUGCUCAAAACUCAGGUUCCUGAAUACUCACUUACCAGUGAAGUGGUUAGUACAUUAAAGAUUAGGUCAACUUCAAACUCUAAAGGAAAGUGGAGCGCAAGUGAAAAAAGGUUUUUAACCCCUUAAGCCCCAAUAUCCACAUAUCAAUUUUCCAGACUGAUCUACAUACAUUUCCAUAAAGAAUUAGGUGAGAGAAUUUGAUAAAAUUCAACUGUAUUAUUGAAGUAUUUUUUCUUUGCCAGUGAUCAUUUCAUUGAUUCUCAUAACCUGCAUCUCUUGUUGAUGUAUGGAUAUUGUUGGGAGAAAAUUGAUGUUGGUCACUCUCUUUCCAGAUCCGUAUGUUAAGGUUGAACUAUACUCUGCCAGUCAUCGUGUUGCCAAGAAAAAGACCAGAGUAAAAAAGAAAACUGUCAAUCCUAAGUUUGCUCAAACAUUUACGUUUGACUUGGGAGGAAAGAUGUCGCUUGAUCAUAUGACUCUAAUGUUCACAGUUCUAGUUCAGGACUCAAGUGGAUGCCAUGAGCGAAUUGGUCAAGUUGUACUAAGUACUGCUGCAGCAGCAGGAGAUGGACCGGAGUUUGACCACUGGAGUCAGGUGGUUUGUAAUCCGCACUGCCCUAUUGACCAGUGGCAUAUGAUUCACGAGUAGCAUGGUAACUAACUAUCACAUGAUUGUGUUGAAUCCAACAGGGAAAGGUUUGUGCAGAAUGGAUCAAUUAUUGAAGAAGACAAUCUGCCCAAAUAGCAAAGAUAACCAGUAAAUUGAAAUAAAUUCACAUUGUUAAAAAUAAUUCCAUUCAUGAAUUAUUGGAUGAGGCGGAGUAUGAUAUGAAGAAUUAUACAGAUCUCGAUCUGCAUAAUUCUUCAUAUCAUGCGAAAGCCGAAUUCAAUAAUUGCUUUAUUAUUCAUUCAGAAUAUUGCAUAACUCAAAACAUGCCUACAUGUACCUCUCUGUAAAGCUCCCAUCUUUGCCGGUAGUUUCAGGAUAUGAAAGGAUGUUUAUUCUUCAUAUAGCAGUGGUCAUUCGUCAAGUGGUAGUGUUGCGUAUUCUUGCUGUUUUUUCGAGGCAUAACUUGUGAAAUCUUCUGCGAGUGUCCCCAGCCCUGUUCUGCCAAGGCAGCUGAGCCACCUCUACGCUUCUGUCUGUGUCGUCUGUGAAUUCUUUUUUUCAGUCGAAUAAGUUCACGUUUGGCAUCUAACGUAGCCUUUCUCAGGCUCCAAGAUAGUAGAGCAGUCGGACGUAAAUUUACAGCAUAUAAAUUUGGUCACAUUUGCUGGUCAAGUAGAAUUUGCAAGGGGGAUUUAAGCCAAUAUAAAUGGAUAAAUAUUUUGAAUGAAUAACAAUGGUUACAUAAGGAAAGAAACGCCAUGUGAAGACAUAAAAUGCUGUAUGUGUAUGUCAUAGAAUCUUUGCGGAAAGACUUGGUAUUAAGUUAAAUUUGCUUCUUUCUCUCCUACACAUGACUCUGUUUUGCUCUACACUUCAUAUUUCCCACACAGCUGCUGUUUAAUGACUCUUGACUGUUGACUUGACUGUUGGGCAAAGUGUGUUAUAUGAACAGCCCACUGUAAGAAAGACAAGAGGAUUAAUGGCAAAACUUGUAGAAAAUUAAAAAAGCAUCAGAAUAAUGACUCAGACAAUGUACACCUUUACUUUCACUUAUAAUCCUUUCAGUCUUGAGCGCGUUGAUUUUUCUGGAUCAUUCUUUUUCCUUGGUUACAAAGCCACAGUAGAGCGAAUGAUAUUGUUACGGUCCCAGAUGGAACACUACUCCCCAUUUUAAUGAACGGUCUUUUCAGUUUCUAGGCCCCUCGUUAUAUCGGCGUCCACUGUAAGUGGAACUGUAUUUUCUUGCAUAGGCAUAGUUUGAAAAUACCUUUAUAGUUGAGUUCAAGACGGUAACUAGAAUAUCUCAACAAGGUCUCUUGUCAGUUUCAAUGGGUUUUGCAAUAAUAAUCAUUGUUCUGUUUUACAAUAACUGUCCAUUACAGUGGAAUCCCGAUUUUACGGAUCCCCUGCCUUGCGGGGGAAUGGGAGGUUGUUUCCAUGUAUCGGCAGCCGGUUCACAAAAUAUUGGGGAAUAGUAGGGGAUGGGAGGAGACGCGGGAGUUUUAAGGAAACGAGGAUUCUGUUGUAGAGAUCAGAAGGUGGUUAUGUUGUUUUGUAUGUUUUUUCCCAUCACAUUGAAGAGGCUUUUUCCCGUUUUUGAACAACAAAUUGAAGACAAACACCCGUAAAAAAAGACAUGAAUGAAAAACCACUUUAUAACUGAGAAUCAGAGAUAGUGAUAUAUUUUAUUGUGUGUGUUCUAAACCAUCCAUUAAACAUCCUUCCUCAGCUUUAGUUCUUUCCCGCAGUUAUCAGAUCUGUUGCAGUUUGGUCUUAUAACCCCGUUUCUUGCAUUUGUUAGCCAAGUAAACUGGUAAAGGAAAGAAUUCAUUUAUCCAGACAGUGGACCACUCUGCAAUGGCCACCCUGGCCUGGGACAGAGAAAAAAUAUCCUUGGUAGGGAAGUGGCCUUUGUAGAGAGGUUAAAACAUAAACAGAAAGAAGCAGAGAUUAGCCGUGUUUAUACUAGAGGACGUCUAAGACGUCUUAGACGACUAAGACGUCUAGUAUAAGUACGGGAAAUAAGGCAGACGCAUUAAUCGUCAGACGAAUUAAACGUCUGAAGUUAAGUGCGUCCGAUCGACGCACUUAACAGAUGAAUUAGUCGUCUCAGACGUUUAAGGCGUCUAGUAGAAAAACGGGACGCACUUGACAGUCAGACGUUUAAUGCGUCUGGACGUUUAAGACGUCUUCUAGUAUAAAUGCGGCCAUUAGUAUGUAUACACGUCAGCAGUUGUGCAACUACUGUACAGGGAAUGGCACGCCCUUUGCUCGCACAAACCUGAUGCAAGAUCGGUGGGCAAAUUGUUUGAAAAUAUACUUUUGUAUAGAGCAGGUUUUCAAAUUGACAUCGAUGAGAUAUCACUGAAGCUGGGGAAGUUUGUGUAUAGAAAGAAAAUAAAUAACGCUUCAAGAAGAGUGGAGAGGAGAUAAAGAAAACUAAAACCGGCAAUAUGUAGUGAAACCGCCUGGUUCAUACGGACUCAGAAUAGACGGAGUAACGGACUUAUGUUUCACCAACUGAAGGAAUAAAGCAUGUUAAAACUUCAACAAACUUUCACCGAAACUAAUGUUGCUGUUGUGGUUCAAUUUUAUCCUUGGUUUAAAUUUUAUUUCACUUUUGUGUUGGGGUAUGGUAAUGUGUGAUAAUGAGUUUAAAACAAAGGAAAAUAAAAUUUAAAUCAAGGAUAAAAUUGAACCCCAACAUUGCCAUUGGUAACAUAUAGGUAUAUAUUGCCGUGCAGAUCACCUGUGUUUGUAACUGAGCUGCAAGAUUAACAUUGUGUGAUCUCAGCAUGUCACUCGGAUCACGUAAAAGUAGGUCAGUUCUAGUGUCCGCAUUGAGCGGGUCAACGUAUUAAAAGAAAAGAUAUGAACUUUUUCGUCGGGAAAAUAAAAUUCACCGUUUUAUUAAAAAAGCGGUUGUCCGGUAGAGCGAGUUUGCAUGGCAGUUCCUUCGAGGUUUAAGGUGUAUGUAUGUGUAAAAUGUUUGGGAAAUUUAAAUGGCUGUUUUCACUUGAUCAUUUAUGCCGAUUUGAAAUAUUUUCAUAACAGCUGAGGCAAUCUUUCUCUCUAAACUCAUAGAUGUAAACACGAAUAUAUUUCUAAAUAGGUUCAAAUGUUCAGCUGGGAACAGUUCCUAUACAGAGCAAAUUAAAAGAUUAUUUAUUUUGAAAACAAAUGCAGAUUCACACUUGUUAUGAAAUAAAUCUAUUAGGUAUUUAUUAGAAGGACACUAUUUAAUAUGUUAUUUACUUAUUAAAACUUACUGAAUGAAGUUAUACUAUAUUAUGGAUCACUAAUAAAUUUAUUUGGAAG